UCAGUUUCGAGGACGCCUACCGCCCCCGCUUAUCGCUCCGACCUGGGCAUGUUCGCGUUGCAUUCCAUCCGUCUACUAAAAAUAAUUCCGCGACAUUGCGUGCGGCGAUAACCCUCACAAGGUGACCGAUGUUCUCAAAUGGUGGGCUGGAGCAAAACAAACGAGAACCUAAGCCAGUUCGACUUUGCGCUGGCCGGGGGCGGUUCCGGGCUCAUCACCCGAGCUCUGUGUCAGCCCCUGGACGUGCUCAAAAUCCGAUUCCAACUGCAAGUGGAACCGAUAGCCCACGGAUCGGUGUCCAAGUAUAGAUCAUUGUAUCAGGCCGUGCGUUUGAUACUCCACGAGGAAGGUGUUAAGGCGUUUUGGAAGGGCCACGUGCCCGCCCAGUGGCUUUCCAUCAGUUACGGCGUCGCCCAGUUCUGGGCGUUCGAAGUUCUGAGCCGCAACGCCCAUCAUUUGGGUUUGUCCGGCAAAUGGUCGCCCUUGUUGAAUUUCGCUUGCGGAUCAGUUGGAGGGGGCGUCGCUACCGUAGUGUCGUUCCCGUUCGACGUGGUACGCACCAGGCUGGUAGCGCAGAGCGAUCACAAAAAAGUGUACCAUGGCACUCUGGCGGCGACUCGCGAAAUCUGCUUACGCGAAGGGCCCUUGGUACUCUACCGUGGCCUGUGGCCGACCGUGCUCCAAAUAGGGCCACACGCGGGCGCCCAGUUCAUGUGCUACAAGCUUUUUGAUGACUUGUACAAGUACAUCAUCGGCACCAGCCGUACCACGCUGUCCAGCAGCUUGGUGGCGGGCAGCAUGGCAGGACUCUGCGCCAAAACCAUCAUCUACCCCUUCGAUCUGGUCAAGAAGCGGCUCCAGGUCCAGGGGUUCCAAGCGGCCAGGGCGCACUUCGGAAAGCAUUUCACCUGCCACGGACUGGUGGAUUGUUUUAGGAAAAUUUACAAGGUGGAAGGGCUGAUGGGGUACUUCAAGGGACUAUCGCCCAGCUUGCUGAAGGCCAUGUGCUCGACGGCGCUGCACUUUAGCAGUUACGAAAUGAUCUGCAACCUAUUAGCGUACAAGAGUCGAUGACGCAAGUUGUCCGGUUAGUUUUAAGGUUACCUGGGGAAAAUGUCUAGUCGGAUUUAUUUAUUUGGCCUCGCCUUUAUCGAAUCUAGUCAAUUUCGUUUAUUCCAUUGUUAUACUAAAUAAGUAAAUAGAAAUGUUAAAAACACGGGGGGUUUCAUUCACCGACAAACAAGGGGCCCUGCAAUAGGCAAAGAAAAAAAAUGUUUUCCUUAAAUUGCAUCACGAUACAUGGUCAUAUUUUCCAAAACCUGUAAUAAAACGAACACAAGCAUUCUGCAACCUUUACACUCGUUAUCAAUAAAAAAAAACACAGUAGU